UUAUCCUUGAGUAGAAGACACAUGAAACUUUAGUGCAGCCACAUUUAUUUUAGUUUAAAACGAGCUUACUCUUUUUCACAUGCGGAUAGAUGCUUGAACCACAAUCAAGUCUCUAAAGUUCCUUCAUAGUUUUCAGAGACCUUACUAUGGGGACUGUGAUGGGACUGCAACUGAUUUGAAUAUGUCCCUCUAUGGAAGUGAAAACUAAAAGUUAAACGGUUAACGUUUUGCAGUUAGGUUGUCGUUUGUAUUCUGACCGGAAGUGUGGUUGCUGUGCAGUGAUUGAGACAUGUUCUUACACCUUCAGUGGAAGUUGUUUUGCCUACAUUAAUUAAUAAUUAAUUGAUACAGAUUAGGAAUACAGAUUAUUAAUUAGCUAUUCAGUCUAGCGUCAGCCACACAGAGCUGCUAUAUUUACUAACGUGUAGGUGCCGUCCUCUCUUACCCCGUGUCAGGAAUGGAGGCUACUCAGAUGAUGAGCGACUCAAUCUUCGAGUCAGAAGAUGAAGAAAGUGAAGAGGAGAAUGGAAAUGAGAGAGGGCAACCGAUGGCCAAGCUCUGCAUCUUAAAGAAUAAACACAUCCCUGAAUCAGAGUUACCUCUCUUUUUGGGAGACAAUGUGCUGGGACGUGACCCCAACACCAGCACCCUGCUUUUGCAGGCACCCUCGGUAUCCAAGCAGCAUGCUACCAUAUGCAUCUCUACAUACAAGAGAAAAGGUCGUGGCAGAGAAAUGGACAUUGAGGCUUUGAUUUGGGACCUAGGAAGCAUUAAUGGGACCCGCAAGGGCCGCUUAAAGCUGACUCCUAAUGUACGCUAUGCCCUCAGUGAACAGGAUAAGUUGGUGGUGGCGGACAUCCCGUGUAAGUAUGUGAGUUGUAUAGUAGGUGAAGUCUCAUCUCAAGGGGACCUUAGGACUCCAGCAAAGAAAAAUGUUGGGGUAAAGCCGGGAUUGCCAGAUGUCUCAGAAGAAAACAACAAUGAUUGUGUCAAUGUAGACACUAAAGCGCAGAUGCCAGUACCUGAAGACACAAGGAAUACACCAGUCAGAAACACUUUACUGUCCUCUGAGCAAACUCCAAUUCAGCCACAGGCAAGCCUUGUUCCAGAAUCUGAAUCUGACUCUGACGGAGAAAGAGGGGGAGCAGGAGAGAGAAGGCGCCAGACUCUAGUUUCCAAAUCUGACUCAGAUAAACCCAGUCCCACCUGUUCAACAUUCCUGAGUCCUGCUAACAAAGUAGUCCCUGAAAGCGAGGAUGAAAGUCCUAUCACACCGUCAUCCACCACUAAAAACAGGCCUUACAAACAUGUCAGCUUCAACAAAGAAGAGACAGACAUGGAUGUGAGGCGACAGCAGCUAAGGGAAAUAAAGGCCCUUGCGUUUUUGGAUGACAGUGAAGAAGAGGGAGGAAGAGAAGAAGAAAGAGCAGAGUCUGAGGAAAGUGGACAACGUGUGACAGUGAAACAGGACAGCAAUGUCAGUCUUACAAGAGAGGAUGAAUUGCCUGUAUCGGCACCAGCGGUCAUGUCAGGUGCUAUCCCUGAACUUGAUAUGGACAGUGACACAGAUAUGGAAGACGAGUUGGAGGGGGGGACAGCUGUGAAUCCUGUGGCCUUUGACACAAACCAAAAAGCUGAUCCGCCAGCAGACGCAGCCCAGUUUCAUAUGGACAGUGAUACAGAUGUAGAUGACGAUAAUGAUGCCUCAGACAAAGUAACCAUACAUGGGCCUCCCUUUGCUGACACCAAACCUCCUUGUGUUAUUUCAGUUAUUCAGCCUGAGGCGAUCACAAUGGACAGUGACACUGAUGUUGAUGAUGAUGAUGAUGAUGCUGUGUCAGAUGUUGCUACAAAAGCAAAAUCGGUGUCACUUCAGAGCCCACAGACAGCUGACUCUGCUCAGUCAACACAGCCCAAAAAUCUCAACCUUGACAGUGACACAGAUGUUGAUGAGCAAGAAGAAAAGGGAUGUGGAACGAAUACUACAGGCUCCACUAAACAUGAAACUCCAAAUAGAUUAGAAAUCAAGCAAGGUGGUUCUGAUUCUGCCCCUGCUGCUUCUCACAGCCCACAUCUAGACAGUGACACUGAUGAUGAAACUCCCACUCCUGCCACUAGUAAACCCACAGCCACAGACAGAGGACCAGAUUUAGAUAUUCUGUCAGACAGUGACACAGAUGUGGAAGCUGAUUCUCCUCUGGUCAUACUUGUUGAUGUCACAUCAUUGUCAUUUUCUCCUGGUGCCCAGUCAGAAGCUCUUCAGCCAGAUUCUAAUGCAGACACAGAUGUGGAUGAAUCCAGAGUGCCCCCUGCCGGUGCUCUGGAUACUCCAGCUGACUGUGGAAUGGGCAGUGAUGAGGAGGGGAAUUUUGGAGCAGCAGGUGAGGGCCGGAUCCCGAGCCUGUGCAGGGAAAUUACACCUGGAUUGCUGGCUCCCCCUCUGCAGAACUGCUCAACUCCUGUACAGGCGUCAGGACUAAUUGAAGAUAUGGACACUCAGGCUUUCCUGGCUCCCUCUCCAGGUCCACAUAAACGUGCAGUAACUGGAACACCUAAAACCCUUUCUUCCUUGUCAGACUGCCAUGAGGAUGAGGACUUUGUUGUAGCAGAGACACAGUCCUUUGUUCUGCAAACCAGAGAGGUCCAAAGCAACCCUCCAGAGGACCCCACCUUAGUGUCUGGACUGGAUUCGUCUGGUGAUGAAAAAGGCGAAAGGUUCAUUAGAGGAGGAUCUUUCCAGCUCGGGUUGUCUGACAGCAGCCAUCUGCAGGGUCUGGCCCAUGCCUUGGCCAUGGAGAGCACCCAAGCGUUUGUCAAUGUGGACGGAGGUGUGUCUCUGGAACAAACUCAAGCAUAUGCAGCCAACUCGAAUACAGACACGGCCUCUUUAGAGUGCACUUCCAAUCUAGAGGCUACACAGGCAUAUGGAGAGGUUGAGGAUGAGGAAGAUGCUAGAGGUUCUGCAAAGCCUGAAAAAGAAGGCCAGGUAGAUUUUGCCCUGGACGCAACACAGGCGUAUAUUUCAGAGCCCCAUUCAGAGGAUGAAUCAGAUGAAGAUGAUAAAAAAAGCACUGCCUCUGCUGAGACUCAGCCUUUAGACUUUGUCACCUCAUCUACUCUUGCCCUGGCUGAAACCCAACCACUGACUGCUUUUACUGAAGAGGAGAGUUCAGAUGAAGAAAACAAUGUUUCUACAGUGGGAGUACAGCCCAGAGCAAAGAAAGACACAGUAGAUGAAGGAGAAGAUGUGGAAGCAAUUCAACCCAAGAAGAAGAAGAAGUUCAGAACAGCUCUAUCCAUAGCUGACACUCAGCCCAUGUGCACAAGUGGUAACGAGGAAAAUGAUGAAGAUGAGGAUGAUGAGGAGGAUUCAAUUAUAAGUUCACGGAAAAGAAAAGCAAAGCCGCUCGUGCUUGAUGAUGAGCAGACACAAACACUCACAAACUCUGAGCUCUCUGCUGUUGAAACUCAGCCCAUGGGAACAGAUGGAGAUGCGGAAAGUGAUGAAGAGGACUCGAUUAUAGGCCCACGGAAAAGAAAAGUAAAGAGGCUGCAGAUUACAGAUGAGGAGUCCCAAACACUCACAAACUCUCAACUCUCUGCUGUUGAAACUCUGCCAAUGGUUACAGGUGAAGAUGGAGAAAGUGAUGAAGAGGACUCGGUUCCAGGUCCAAGCCUCAAAAGAAAAGCAAAAUCUUUGCAGAGUGAAGAAGAGCAUACACAACCCAUCAUGGGUCCCAAGGCCUCUACUGUUAAAACGCAGCCCAACAAAACAAACUCUCGACAGCCACCUCGGAGAGGAAAGGGUAGAGAGACUAAUGCUGGAACAAGUGGUGUCGGGGUUAGAAGUAAAAGGGGGUCAAGAGCGGAGGAAAAGCAGGAAGAGUGUUCUGAACCUCUACAGAGACAGACAAGAGGAAAGACUAAAGCUCCACCAACUACCAGAGGAAGAAGAGGAAAAUCAAGACUGAGUGAAAGUGAGGAAGAGGAAGAUGAAGAGGAAGAGGUAGAGCAAGCAAAGAAAACUAGAGGAAAAAAAUCUACAAAGCAACAGAAAGAAAAUGAGAAGAAGGAAGAAAUGCUUGAGAUGGAAAGAAAGAGAGAAGAGCAGGGGAGAUUGGAAAGGGAGAAGAAGGGGAGAUUGGAAAGGGAGAAGAAGGAGAGAUUGGAGAGAGAGGAGGAGGAGAGAUUAGAGAGACAGGAGAAGGAGAGAUUGGAGAGAGAGGAGAAGGAGAAAGAGGAGAAGGAGAGAUUGGAGAAAGAGAUGAAGGAGAGAGAGGAGAAGGAGAUAUUGGAAAGAGAGAAAAAGGAGAGAGUGGAGAAGGAGAGAUUGGAGAGAGAGGAGAAGGAGAGAGAGGAGAAGGAGAGAUUGGAAAGAGAGAAAAAGGAGAGAGAGGAGAAGGAGAGAUUGGAAAGAGAGAAACAGAAGAGAGAGGAGAAGGAGAGAUUGGAAAGAGAGGAGAAGGAGAGAGAGGAGAAGGAGAGAUUGAAGGAAAAAGAAAAGCAAGACAGAUUAGAUCAUGAAAAGGCAGAGAGAGAAGAGAAAAAGAAAAUGGAAAAGAAAAGAGAGGAACAGGAAGAAAAGAAAAGAUUGGAGACCGCAAAAAGGGACCUAGAGGAAAGACUUGAGAGAGAGAGGAAUCAACAGGAAGAACAAGAGAGACAAGAACAAGAAAAAGAGGCCAAAGAAAAACAAAUGAAAGAGCAACAACAGUUCAAUGAAAAAGAAAACAAGAUGGAAACACCUUCAAGAGGACGGAGAGCUGCCAGACGAACGAUUGCAGCCCCGCCUAAAACACAAGACUCAAACUUAUCAACGAAUGAUGAUGUUCCUGCUAGGAGUACCAGAUCUCGCUCCAACUCCUCCAACUCCGUCAGCUCAGAGAGAUCCGCUUCCAGUAUGAACACCCAGGAGAGCAGAGGAAGAGGCCGAGGAAGAGGAACGAAGAGGAGCAGUGAGCCUCCUGCAGCAGCCCCCACCAGGAGCAGCACUAGGAGGAGGACGACGAUGGCUGCAGGGCCACCCCAACAGGAUGAUGAUAAUAUUUCUCCUCAGGGAGUCCUUUCCAGGUCUGGCUCCACAAACUCCCUCAACUCUGAUGUAUCCAGCUCAAGUUUGCAGAACAGAGGAAGAGGAGGCAGGCAAAGAGGAAGAGGGAGAAAACCAGAGGAAGACUCCAGCCUUCCUUGUGGUAUUCAGAGUGAUCAAAGUUCAGCUCCUAAACCUGCAGCUAGAGGCAGGAAGAGCAGGAAAGCAGAGGAGUCCAUGAUUGAAGAUAAUAAACAGGAGGCUAACUCUCAGCAGGCGAGUACCACAAGGGGGCGACAGCGAGCUAAUGCAAAUGCCCCUGAAUCUGCAGCUGCAGAUGAGGAAGGCCCUUCGCAUCAGGAGAGUGCCAAAGGAGACAAAACACCAGUGCCUAAAAGUAAUGCUAGGGGCCAAAAAACAGUAAAAAGUGAGCCUGUGGAUGCACAAGCAACUCCUGCAGGUAGUGCUGGAGAUGACCGUAACAGAAAAGGAAGAAAAAGAGAGCUGGAGGCAAACACAGAAGAGCCUAGCAGAAGCUCUAAAAUUUCCAAAGGGAAAGAGAAAGCCCAGACAAAAAAGACAGUAGAAGACCAAGAAAUAAAGGAUGAAAGAAUAGAAGAGGCUCCAGUCCAACCGAAAAGAAAAGGUAGAGCAUCCAGCGCUCAAUCGAAGAAUCCCCCCGUUCAAUUGGAGAUAAAACAGGAGAAAAUGGAGGAGGAGCCUGUGGGGAGGAAAGGUAGAGGCCGGACCUCAGCAGUCCAGAAGAAGAAGAAGGAAGAGCAGGAAGAGAGUGAAUCAUCUGUUGGUCUGGAUGCACUAGAGGAAGCUUCAGAGCCCCAGACUCCAACCAGCACUGCAUCCCGGAAGCGGAAGGCCUCUAACGACUCCUUGCUUACUGCAAAGACGCUUCGCUCCUCCCCUGCAGCUGGUGGUCGAUCCCGAGCUGCCAGCCAGGCUUACCAGGUGCUUUUCACAGGCGUUGUGGAUGCAGCCGGGGAGAAAGUGUUGGCUCGUCUAGGAGGCAGCAUGGCUAAAGGUGUGACAGACAUGAACUGUCUGGUGACUGAUAAGGCGCGCAGGACCGUAAAAUUCCUGUGUGCUGUGGCUAAAGGAAUCCCCAUAGUCAACACACACUGGCUUGAAAAGAGUGGUAAGGCUGGGAGCUUCUUGUCUACUAAUGCUUUUGUACUGAAGGACCCGGAGCAGGAGAAGAAGUUCAAUUUCUGUCUGCAGGAGUCUCUGAGGAUUGCCAGCAGUCAGCCUCUCUUACAGGGAUAUGAGAUCCACGUUACGAAAUCAGUGAAGCCAGAGCCACUUCAAAUGAAAGAGAUCAUCUCCUGCAGUGGAGCUACUUUUCUCCCCAAGAUGCCCUCAUCACACAAGCCUCAGACAGUUGUGAUUUCCUGCGAGGAGGACUUGUCUCUGUGUCGCCCAGCUUUUAAAGCGUCGCUCCCAGUCGUCACAGCUGAGUUCAUUCUCACAGGAAUCCUUCAGCAGAAACUUGACCUGCAAACACAUGCCUCCGCUCCUGCUAGCACUCUACAAGCUGCAGGAGGAAGAGGAAAGGGAAGGAAGAUGACUUAUCAGCACCAGGGUGUACUGUAA